AUGAUUCUCAAUACCAAGGCUGUCGCUUUACUCACCCUCACUUUAGGAGCCCGAGCAAUUGCCACUAAAAUUGACCCACCCUAUAACGAUGGAAUUCAUCUCGCCAUUUCCCCUACGUGCGGUGCCCCCAGUACCAAUGGAAGCGUGGUAGAUGUAAAUGCUGGGCUAUAUGCUCUAUCGGAGUAUAAAACUAUUGUUAGUUUUGGGGACUCAUUCACCUCUAGUGGUAAAUCCGAUGGUUCGGAACCAGACCCCCCAGUACAAACUGGCACGAGCCCCAGAUAUGGCGGGAGAUUCGCAAAUGGUUAUGUUUGGAUCGAAAACUUAGCUAACGACACGGGUGCACAUCUGCUAGACUAUGCAGUUCCUGGAGCUGUUACUGACACAGCGAUAUGGCCAAGUAAAGCGACAGAAGCUCAUUCGUUCAGCAAGUGGCAAUUUUCCAAAUCGCACAGCUUCAACCCCAAAACGACACUUUAUAGCGUUUUCUUUGGUAUCAAUGACUUUUCAGCAAGUGCCAGAGAUGGCGACCAUAUGCUUGAAGCAGCUGACGCCCUUCUCGGUCAAGUUAAAUUGCUGAUAGGCUCUCCUAUUGGUGCAAGAUCGUUCCUUGUCGUAGAUGACUAUGGCCGAGGAACACAUACCGCGAGUGGGCUAUCGUUCAAGACUCGAGUGUUCAAUGGCCUGUCUGAGUUGCGCGAGAAGAGCCCUGAGUUGCGGUUCGCUUACGUUGAUUUCGCAUACCUAUGGGAUGCCGUACUCAAAACUCCUGGACACCAAGCAUUUGGAUACAAUAGCACGGGGUACUGUACUCCAAGUAGUACUUCUACCGUUGGGGCAUGCGCAGACCCAGCUCACACAUUUUACUGGAUCAAUGGGUAUGAUGCACAUACGUAUGUUUGA